UCCAUCCCGCGUAAUCAUUUUACCGGUAUCCCAUGGUGACCUCGCUGUUGUCGGCGAUGAACGGCGAGAGAGCCGUGGUUUUCUUCUUCGUCUUCCGUCUUUUCUAUUCCCUCCCCCUUUCCCUCCUCCCCCACGCCUUUUCCCUCUCUCUUCUCUCCGUUUUCUCUCUAAUCGUUGAGAUCCGCGCCGACUGUUCUAUCUCCCUCUUCAAAACCAGGCCGGGUGCUUCAUCAGGAAUUAUGUUAGGUGCAAUUACGUUGCCUACUGUAAUGCUCUCCAAGUUGAUUCAGCUCUCAAGAGCUUUCUCUUUGCAACAAAUUGAGAUUGGAGAGCAUGAACAUAUGGCAAUGCAAUUUUGGGCUGCUUCGGCUUGUUGCUACGGUGUGCUUGUAUUUCUCUCAGUAGUUAUGUGGUGCGCUGCCUACAAUAAGAAUCCUCAUUUCUCCUGUAGUGUUUGGGAUGCAAAGUUUAGCUUAAGCUGUGUUAUUUUAUAUUCUGUGGUUUGUUGUAUAUCACUUGCUACAAUAUCUCAAACCGGUUUUAACACAACAUUGAAGUUACUGUGGUUGCUAUGUCAUGGAUUUGCAGCAGUGAAAUUAAUUCUGCAUCUUCUAAAUACAUUCCCUUAUUGUGCUUCAAUUGGGGAAGCACUUUUGUUGACUUCAGGUCUUGUGCUCUAUUUCGGUGACAUGUUGGCGUGUACCAUUUCAAAGGUUUGUAGAUUGUUGAUUUCACCAGAGUUGGUAUCCAUACGAUAUGGAAUUAAAAGAAGUGAGAUAGGUAUUAUUAUCCAGGGUGUGCUUCUUGGGCUUCUUAUUUUUUCAGUAGUUUUUAAAUUUGUUGUCCACUUAUGGGAAUACUUCUGGGGUGCUGACAACUCUGAAUCGAGAAAAAACAAAGAAAUCAGGAGAUCUCUUAUAUUCUUUACAUCACUUGGAUUUAUCAUGAUUGUGGUUGCCCCAUCAUGGAUGAUGACUGUCCUAGAUUUUGAUGUUCAUCCUAUACUAUGGAUAUUCCAGUUUGUUUUCUCGGAACCAUUCAAAAGACUGUCACUAUGUAUCUACUGGUCGGGUUUGAUAUACAUAUCUGUAUUGAGGUUCUACAACAUUUCUAAGAAUAGCAAGAUUGAGAGAAUUCUUCUUCGGAAAUACUACCAUCUGCUGGCUGUUUCAAUGUUUCUGCCUGCUCUUAUUUACCAGCCAAAAUUUCUUGAUCUAGCAUUUGGUGCAGCUUUGGCAGUCUUUUUGGUAUUAGAAAUUAUUCGAGUUUGGAGAAUUUGGCCUUUAGGGCAACUUGUACAUCAAUUUAUGAGUGCCUUUACAGACCAUCGUGACUCUGAUCUUCUUAUUGUAAGCCACUUUUCACUCUUAUUGGGAUGUGCACUCCCUAUAUGGAUGUCCUCUGGGUUCAAUGAUAGGCCUCUUACCCCUUUUGCUGGAAUUUUAAGCCUUGGCAUUGGAGAUACAAUGGCAUCAAUGGUCGGUCACAAAUAUGGUGUCCUUAGGUGGAGCAAAACUGGCAAAAAAACUAUUGAAGGCACUGCAGCUGGUAUAGUAUCUGUCCUUGCUGCUUGCUCUGUUCUGCUUCCACUUUUGGCAUCCACUGGAUACAUUCUAACUCAGCACUGGUUUCCUCUUCUCAUUGCCGUGACCACAAGUGGUUUGUUGGAGGCUUACACAGCACAGCUUGAUAAUGCUUUUAUACCUCUCAUCUUCUACAGCCUUCUCUGUUUGUAAAUGCAUACUUCAACCUUCCCAAAAUGGAUAUAGUUUCUAAACAAAUCCUUCACACAUUCUUCCAGAGCUUGUAAUGUGCCAUAACAUUUAUUUGGUUGUAGAAUGAGCUUAGUUUUACAUUUUA